CCGGAAGCUUCACGCUCUCCAUGCUCUGCACUGCCCAGAGUCCUUCCUGUUUUAAAAAAUUUCGAGGAAGCAGAAGCAACUGGAUAGUCGCAUAUACUGAUGGUUGCAUCUGAGUGACCUUUGAGAGGGGAGGACCCAUGCUCUCUCAUCUUUGUGCUGCCACACCAGCUCUGUACAUAUUGUGGAUCACUAUGGCCAAGAUAGCAGGCCAGGAGGACAGAGAGAAAACUACUGCACUCAAAGAUUUGCUGUCAAGAAUAGACUUAGAUGAACUGAUGAAGAAAGAUGAACCUCCUUUCACUUUCCCCAAAACACUGGAGGAGUUUGAAUAUGCCUUUAAUGAAUAUGGCCAGCUCAGACAUAUAAAAACGGGAGAGCACUUUGUAUUUAAUGCCAGAGAGGAUCUCCACCGCUGGAACCAGAAACGCUAUGAAGCUCUUGGAGAGAUCAUCACUCAGUAUGUUUACGAGCUGUUGGAGAAAAAGUGCAACAUGACUAAAGCAAUCCUGCCAGUGGAUGCUACAGAAGAUGAACCCACCAGUUUUAUCUACCUGAGCCCAGAUGCCUUGUCCAACCCUUCCAAACUGCUGGUGCUGAUCCAGGGCAGUGGCGUGGUGCGGGCUGGUCAGUGGGCCCGCAGACUCAUCAUCAAUCAGGACCUGGACUCAGGGACACAAAUCCCCUUCAUCACCAGAGCCAUGGAGGAGGGCUACGGUGUGAUGGUGCUCAACCCUAACGAGAACUACAUGGAGGUGGAGAAGCCAGCCAUGUCCUCACCCCUGCCCUCUGCUACUGAACCCCUGGACGAACCUGCUGAAAAGAGGGAACGCAAAGAUGAUAAAGAAGGCAAAAAGAAGAGAGAAUUUUAUGAGAAGUACCGUAACCCGCAGAAGGAAACGGAGACCGAACAGAUCCCUAUACGGGAAAACAGUUCCUCUGAGGAACACGUGCUGUACGUGUGGGACCACUUUGUGUCCAAAGCCGCAGCCAAGAAUAUCUUCAUCAUGGCCCACAGCUACGGAGGGCUGUCUUUCGUUGAGCUGAUGAAUCAGAGGGAAAUGCAGGUGAAGAACAGAGUGUGUGCCGUGGCUCUAACUGACUCGGCUCACAACAUCUGGCUGCAGGAGACCAGCAAAGGCACGCAGGACUGGAUGCAGCAGCACUGUUGUAACUGGGUAUCGAGUCCAGAGCCCCUGGACACACCAUUGGAUCCUAUGCUGCCAGACUGCCCCCAAGUCUCUGCAGGCACAGAGCGGCAUGAGCUGACCUCCUGGAUGAGUUUCAACACCAUCUUCAGGUUCUUCAGUAAGGUCCUGGAGGUGAAAGAGGAUGAGGAGGCGGAGGAGACCUCCAACGCUGUCACCACGCGCAGCAGCUCCCUCAAAAACAAACACCAAGAUUUGUAGAGGACUGACAAAAAUGAACCAGAGGAGCGGGAGGGGGGCAACAAUAAAUUGGGGGGGCUAAGGUUCCAGAUCCUCUCUGCACUUUUUUCCCUCUCCAAACUCCCUCAUUUUUCCUCUCCUCCAUCUUCUUCCUGAGUGUCAUUUCUCCCUUCCAGGCCUCCGUGGCGGUGCACACGCAGGGCCUUGUUGUUGUAAGAGACAGGAGUACAGGGUCACCAUGUAUACAUCACAAUAACGUUUUGCAUUACUUCUAGAUGAGCGCAACUGUCAAAGCAAUAUGGGCCUGAGUGUUAGCGCUUCCCGUGGGCUGUGGCCUGGCUGCGGGUACGGGCCACGGCAGCACAGAUUAAGGCUGACAGGCGCUGUGCACAAUGCGCUGUGGUGCACCUCUAAUUGUCCUGACAUCAGCCUGAACUGAGCUAAUGCCCCGCCUGCCCUCAAGUCUGCACUGCUCAGUCUCUCCCUCCUCUCCCUCCUCUUCGUCCUCUCCCUUUUCCUCCAUGGUCCUAAAGCCUGGACUGCUUACUCUGAAAUCAGCUGUAUGCUAUCUUCUGCUAAGGUUUAACUUCAUUUCAACCUGAUCAGUGCCCAUCUUCCCCCUGCCACGAAUUAUUUUUUUCCUCUUAACUGGUAACAUUUUCUAUCUUUUUUUAACAAAGGGUGUUGUUUUUACUUCUUCAUUCUCUAACUUCUCUGCACAUGCAGUCAGAUUUUAAACCAGACGGUUCCUUUUCAACUUUGUGUAAUAUUUCGUUCAAACCCGUGCCAUAUAUUUCUGGGAUUGCAGUGCUUAUAAUAAGAGAUAUCUUUUUUUACUUUUGAGCUUAAUUUGCAUGCAAUGUCUCACACACACAUUCCUAUUUGAUUUCUUUUACAUUAAGCCAAUACUUGAGCUGUAGGUGUUUGCUUUAGAAUACAUGUAGGAUUGAUUGGCAAAAGUGUGGCGAGUCUAUCUUUCUGUGUUUAUUUUAAAUAUAUGUCUUUUUUUUCCUCAAUUUGAUAUUCUUGAAAUUGAUGUCUCCGGAUGAUUGAAUAUGAAGAAACAAAUAAAACAAACACAACCUGUGCUGAAUAUGGAAAAUUCCGGGCAGUGAGCAUAUUUAAAAUUACUUAAAGUCAAGCAUCAAAAUGGGUUUGAGGGAUAUCUCAUUUUAACAGGAGCCAGAAGUCAGCUCACAACACUCAUAAAGCCUCAAUAUAUCGCCUUACACGUGUCAGGAAAUCCAAGAUUUCAAUAUUAUUCUAAGCCUGAAUGAUAUUUCCUUAGAUGCUGGAGAAAUGUAACACAUCUAUUUUUUACCCUUUUUCCUCCCACAGAAGUUUUCUUCUUGUGUGCUUAGAAGUGACAAAAUCAGCUGCCCGCUCAGCUGCACAUAAUCUGACUCUGUGACACAAGCAUGAUAAAGAUAAAAAAAAUCCACGAGGCUGGUGUGCUUUAUAAACCACUCCAGGCUUAAUGGAAUACAUUUCUAAUGUGUCAGGACAUUAGGAAAAACUCAAACCGGAUACUAAAUCUUAUGAUACCUUAGACACAUUCUGAAAUAUAUACCUUUCCUUUUUUUUUUUUUACUUGAAAUAGUUCCCAUUGUUUAACUUUUCCACUGUGAAAUCCUGCCUCUCCUGCCACUGUGUUUAUGUUUGAAGGCUUUUGUGGAUUAUCUUUCUGCUGUAAUGAGACAACUGUAGCUGAUGGUUGCAGGCCUAAUUUCCUUUUAAUUUGAUUCAGAUCUCAAAGCAAAGAAGUUAGGUUAUUAUUUGAUUUGAUGAGUUUUGUUUCGAGAUACCAUUGCUCAUCUUUCUGCUUUACAGCUACAGUCAGUUCAUUUUUUUCUCUCCAUAAUUUGUACAUUGUUGCCUUAGGAAUAAACAAGACUCUGUUCUCUGUUUUUUAACAAUCUCCUUGCCAGCCAUAUGUGAAUGAACCUAAAGAUGUUAGAUCUGCCUAAAUCUAAAGCACAGUCUGCAAAUAAAAGAGGUCUCAUUGUGCCAAUUGCUCUUGAAGACUGUUGCUGGUUUAUGGUAUAUUUUACUAUUUUUGUUUUAUCGCAUAAGCCCUUGGGUUUCAUAUAACUGCGCGUGUCCAGCCUGGUCACAUAUAUUUCAUAUAUUCUCAAAUGUUUUUUUCUCAUUCUCCCUUUGAUCCAUUUUGCUUUUAAACGACUGUCUUAAGAAAUCAUUUUUAAGUUGAUUUCAUUUUUGUAAUUCACCUUCUAAACCUGUCCAAAGCUAAUAAAACGAACUUUUGCAACUUG